AUGUCUACUCGAAGCGAGGUAGUCUGGUCGGAAUGGGAGGAGAAGAACCUUCUCUCCUGGCUGGACGCCCAUCGGGCGCUGUCGUGGAAAGCCCGCUCCGACGCGUAUUAUGAACAAUAUCAGGUGGACCGAAGCGUUGAGUCUCUACGAGGGAAAAUGUACCAUAUUUUGCGCAAGCAACUUCGCACUGGUGCCAGGUCGCCUAAGCUUUCAGGCAAUCGAAACCGAGCAGGAACUGUUCGUCGCUCGGUCGGCCGUAAGGCUUCAUUGGCAACUCUCCCAAAUAAAAGGCCUGCGCAAAGCAACAUUAAAAAAUGGUUUCAAACAAUCUUAACGGCCGAGCCUAGCCAUAUCGACAGCAUUGAAUCAACCAAGACGAAAGGUUGGAGACGAGGCCGCGCGAUGUCAUUACUCCGUCAGUCACGGCGUGAAGAAACACGAUCGUCAUCGCAGAUUUGGGACUACGUACAUCGUGUCUCUGCAGCCAGGAAGCUGAGAUACCGAUGCGCGGAACGUCCAUGCUACCAGCAGUUCGCUGGCAUGCGCGCUACAUUAUGA